UUUUAAUUACCAUCAAAGUUGACUUUAACUUGUGGCUUUUAACUGUCAUUUCUUUGCCAUUAAUUUGUGCCAUCGUUGUCCUGCCUAAUCCAUUCCGACUUGAGGGUCGUCAGUCGGGUUUUUUGUCUACCAUUUCAACUUGGGGAGAUAUCGCUUACACAAUUUGGGUUUUAAGCUUUUUGGAACUGACUUUUCCUGAUUUUUUGCUGCUUCGUCGCCUUUUGAGGAUUUCUUUAAGCUAAGAGAUGUUGCAGGACAAUAGUUCUCCCACGGAAGUCAAUCGGGUGAGCCUGAUCUGUAGCGAAGGCGUCUUGAUGGCCACCAAUUCCCGGAAUCACCUUAUUUGUCUGUUGGAUGAGCGCAUCAACUGCCUUGCCCCUCAAACCAACUUUGAUCGCGACAUAAUCCAGGAGGUGGGCGCCCUGGUGGACUACCAAACCCGAGAUCGUGGCCAAAAGAUGUCUGUUGCUCAGCUGAAGGAGAUGCUGUACCGCAAGUAUGAGCCAGCCGAGUCCGUGGAUAUCUUGCUGGCUGGCCAGGACAACGAGGGACUGCAUAUCUAUAACAUGGGACUGAAUGGAGGAUCCACACGCCUCAUGUAUGCCGUCAAGGGCAACCAAGGCAUUGAAGAGGCCUAUGCUUAUUUGACGCAACACUGGCGGGAGUCUUUGAAUAUCCAGGAGGCCGAGGAACUGGCCCGAAAGGUGCUCCAAGUGGGGGAGUAUGAUUUCAUGGACAUGUGCCUCAUCUAUAAGACUGGGAACAUGGAGACUGAUGACUAUUCGGAAGAGCUCUUUGCAGCCAUGGAUUAAUUGAAUCGUGGGGGGAACUGACCCUUUGCCAGGCUUAAAAUAAAUACAAUCCUGAUGAUUCCCACCUGUAA